GGAGCGCGGUGGCUCACAGCCUGAGCGAAGAUGGCGGCCUCCAGAGCGAGCCUCUGAGAGGCAGAGGGAGGAGGCGCAGGGGGCGGGGAGGCAGCGCGGCCGCGGCACCAGGAACCCGCGGCGGCGAGCUACAGGGCUCCGGCCGGGAAAAGGGGAAGUGGUGCGGGGUGGAGGCCGGAGCGCGCCUCGACGCACUCUGGGCGCAGAGCCGGCGGCGGGAGGACUUCGUGCUGGAGCCACUCCAGCCUCCCGCGAAGGUUUCAGCACAAAAUGAACAUAAUUAGGGAAAAUAAGGACCUGGCAUGUUUCUACACAACAAAACAUUCAUGGAGAGGAAAGUAUAAGCGAGUCUUUUCAGUGGGUACGCAUGCGAUAACUACAUACAAUCCCAAUACUUUAGAAGUAACAAAUCAGUGGCCUUAUGGAGACAUUUGCAGCAUCAGCCCUGUUGGAAAAGGACAAGGAACAGAGUUCAAUCUCACAUUUCGAAAAGGCAGUGGAAAAAAGUCGGAAACUUUAAAAUUUUCUACAGAGCACAGAACAGAGCUCCUUACAGAAGCAUUGAGAUUUAGAACUGAUUUUUCAGAAGGAAAAAUCACAGGAAGGAGAUACAACUGUUACAAGCAUCAUUGGAGUGAUACAAGAAAACCUGUCAUUUUGGAAGUAACGCCUGGAGGCUUUGACCAAAUUAAUCCUGCAACCAACAGAGUUCUCUGCUCCUAUGACUAUAGAAAUAUUGAAGGCUUUGUAGAUCUCUCUGAUUAUCAAGGAGGGUUUUGUAUACUUUAUGGAGGAUUUAGCAGAUUGCAUUUAUUUGCAUCAGAGCAAAGAGAAGAAAUUAUCAAAAGUGCAAUAGAUCAUGCUGGCAACUACAUAGGUAUUUCAUUGCGGAUAAGAAAAGAACCAUUAGAAUUUGAGCAAUAUUUGAAUCUUCGCUUUGGAAAAUACAGCACUGAUGAAUCCAUCACCUCUUUAGCAGAGUUUAUAGUCCAAAAAAUAUCACCCAGACACUCGGAACCUGUAAAAAGAGUUCUAGCACUUACAGAAACGUGUUUGGUAGAACGUGAUCCAGCAACUUACAAUAUUGCAACAUUGAAGCCUUUAGGAGAAGUAUUUGCAUUGGUUUGUGACUCAGAAAAUCCUCAAGUUUUUACCAUUGAAUUUAUAAAAGGGCAAAUACGUAAAUAUUCUUCAACGGAGAGGGAUUCCUUAUUAGCUAGUUUGCUGGACGGAGUAAGAGCCUCCGGUAAUAGAGAUGUUUGUGUGAAAAUGACACCGACCCAUAAAGGUCAGCGAUGGGGCCUUCUCAGCAUGCCUGUUGAUGAGGAAGUAGAGAGCCUGCAUCUCAGGUUCCUCGCUACACCUCCAAAUGGCAAUUUUGCAGAUGCCGUAUUCAGGUUCAAUGCUAAUAUUUCAUACAGUGGAGUUCUGCAUGCAGUGACACAAGAUGGUCUCUUCUCAGAAAACAAAGAAAAGCUGAUCAAUAAUGCAAUAACAGCAUUAUUGUCCCAAGAGGGAGAAGUUGUUGCUUCAAAUGCAGAACUUGAGAGUCAGUUCCAGGCUGUGAGGAGGCUUGUUGCUUCCAAGGCUGGCUUUCUAGCCUUUACUCAGCUUCCAAGGUUUCGGGAGCGUCUCGGUGUGAAGGUGGUGAAAGCACUCAAGAGAAGCAACAAUGGGGUCAUCCACGCAGCUGUCGACAUGCUCUGUGCCCUCAUGUGUCCCAUGCAUGAUGACUAUGACUUAAGACAAGAACAGCUAAACAAAGCUUCUCUUCUCUCUUCAAAGAAGUUUCUGGAAAACUUACUGGAGAAAUUUAAUUCCCAUGUGGAUCAUGGGACAGGAGCCCUGGUCAUUAGUUCACUCUUGGACUUCCUUACUUUUGCCCUCUGUGCUCCAUACAGUGAGACAACAGAAGGGCAGCAGUUUGAUAUGCUCUUAGAGAUGGUAGCCUCCAAUGGAAGAACACUCUUUAAACUCUUUCAGCAUCCUUCCAUGGCAAUUAUAAAGGGAGCUGGAUUGGUUAUGAAGGCAAUAAUAGAGGAAGGUGACAAAGAAAUUGCUACAAAAAUGCAGGAGCUUGCCCUAAGUGAAGGUGCCUUACCUCGACACUUGCAUACUUCGAUGUUUACAAUAAGCUCAGAUCAAAGGAUGCUUACAAAUAGACAGCUAAGUAGACAUUUAGUGGGACUCUGGACAGCUGAUAAUGCAACUGCAGCAAACUUGUUGAAACGCAUUUUGCCACCAGGAUUGCUGGCAUACUUGGACAGCUCAGAUCCAGUUCCUGAGAAAGAUGCUGAUCGGAUGCAUGUUAGAGAUAAUGUGAAAAUAGCAAUGGAUCAAUACGGAAAAUUUAACAAAGUUCCAGAGUGGCAAAGACUAGCUGGGAAAGCUGCUAAAGAAGUUGAAAAAUUUGCCAAAGAAAAGGUGGACCUUGUGUUGAUGCACUGGAGAGACAGAAUGGGCAUUGCUCAAAAAGAGGACAGAAACAAUCUGAAUAUAAAUCAAAAGCCAGUAGUUCUGCGAAAGAGAAGACAAAGAAUAAAAAUAGAAGCAAAUUGGGAUCUCUUCUAUUAUAGGUUUGGACAGGACCAUGCCAGGUCAAACCUAAUAUGGAAUUUCAAAACACGAGAAGAGCUGAGAGAUAGCCUUGAAUCUGAAAUGAGAGCAUUUAAUAUUGAUCGAGAACUUGGCAGUGCUAAUGUGAUCUCCUGGAACCACCAUGAAUUUGAGGUUAAAUAUGAGUGCCUGGCAGAGGAAAUUAAAAUAGGAGACUAUUACCUGAGAUUACUGUUGGAGGAAGAUGAGAAUGAAGAAAGUGGAUCAAUUAAGAAAUCGUAUGAAUUUUUUAAUGAACUCUAUCAUCGUUUCCUGCUCACCCCAAAAGUAAACAUGAAGUGUUUAUGUUUACAAGCCCUUGCUAUUGUUUACGGCAGAUGUCAUGAAGAUAUAGGACCUUUUACAGAUACAAGAUACAUCAUUGGAAUGUUAGAAAGGUGCACAGAUAAACUUGAACGAGAUAGGUUGAUCCUCUUCCUUAACAAGUUGAUCCUUAAUAAGAAAAAUGUUAAGGAUCUGAUGGAUUCAAACGGAAUUAGAACCCUUGUGGACUUGCUCACCCUUGCGCAUCUCCACGUGAGCCGAGCUACAGUGCCCCUGCAGAGCAAUGUAAUUGAAGCUGCUCCAGAUAUGAAGAGAGAGAGUGAAAAGGAAUGGUACUUUGGCAAUGCAGACAAAGAAAGAAGUGGUCCAUAUGGCUUUCAUGAGAUGCAAGAAUUGUGGACCAAAGGAAUGUUAAAUGCAAAAACCAGAUGCUGGGCUCAAGGCAUGGAUGGAUGGCGACCACUUCAGGCAAUACCCCAGCUUAAGUGGUGUCUGUUAGCCAGUGGCCAGGCAGUACUAAAUGAAACUGAACUUGCUACCCUUAUAUUGAACAUGUUGAUCACAAUGUGUGGAUAUUUUCCAAGCAGGGAUCAAGAUAAUGCCAUCAUUCGACCUUUACCCAGAGUGAAAAGGCUGCUGUCGGACAGUGCUUGCCUUCCCCACAUUAUUCAACUACUGCUGACCUUUGACCCUAUCCUCGUUGAGAAGGUUGCUGUUUUGCUAUACCAUGUCAUGCAAGAUAAUCCACAGUUGCCUCGUCUUUAUCUUAGUGGAGUGUUUUUCUUUAUCAUGAUGUAUACAGGUUCCAAUGUACUUCCUGUUGCUCGGUUUUUGAAGUACACACAUACUAAACAGGCUUUCAAGUCAGAAGAGACAAAGGGACCAGAUAUCUUCCAGAGAAGUAUACUUGGGCACAUCUUACCAGAAGCAAUGGUUUGUUACUUAGAAAAUUACGAGCCUGAAAAGUUUUCUGAGAUUUUUCUAGGAGAAUUUGAUACUCCAGAAGCAAUCUGGAGCAGUGAAAUGAGGCGCCUCAUGAUAGAGAAGAUCGCUGCCCAUCUUGCUGAUUUCACGCCUCGUCUUCAGAGUAAUACAAGAGCACUUUACCAGUAUUGUCCAAUCCCAGUAAUCAAUUAUCCACAACUAGAAAAUGAACUGUUUUGUAAUAUUUAUUAUCUUAAACAACUUUGUGAUACACUCCGAUUUCCAGCUUGGCCAAUUAAGGACCCGGUUAAGCUUCUAAAAGAUACCCUUGAUGCCUGGAAAAAGGAAGUAGAAAAGAAGCCACCUAUGAUGUCAAUAGAUGAUGCCUAUGAAGUACUUAAUCUCCCUCAAGGAGAGGGGCCGCAUGAUGAGAGCAAGAUCAGAAAAGCUUACUUCAGACUUGCACAGAAGUACCACCCUGAUAAGAAUCCAGAAGGGAGGGAUAUGUUUGAAAAAGUAAACAAAGCAUAUGAAUUUUUAUGUACCAAAUCAGCAAAAAUAGUGGAUGGACCAGAUCCAGAGAAUAUAAUUUUAAUUCUGAAAACACAGAGCAUCCUCUUCAAUCGUCAUAAAGAAGAUUUGCAGCCUUAUAAAUAUGCAGGAUACCCCAUGCUAAUUAGGACUAUAACAAUGGAAACUUCAGAUGACCUCCUUUUUUCAAAAGAAUCACCAUUACUCCCUGCUGCUGCAGAGCUGGCUUUUCAUACUGUGAACUGCUCAGCCCUCAAUGCGGAGGAGCUCCGGAGGGAGAAUGGAAUAGAGGUCUUACAAGAGGCAUUCAGUCGCUGUGUGGCUGUCUUGAAUCGUUCUAGUAAACCAGGUGACAUGUCAGUGCAGGUGUGUGGACACAUAAGCAAAUGCUAUAGUGUGGCUGCUCAGUUUGAAGAAUGCCGAGAGAAAAUCACAGAAAUGCCUGGCAUCAUCCAGGAUCUCUGUCGGGUGCUGUAUUUUGGGAAGAGUAUCCCACGAGUGGCCGCUCUCGGGGUGGAAUGUGUUAGUUCUUUUGCUGUGGAUUAUUGGCUACAGACACACCUAUUUCAGGCUGGAAUUUUGUGGCAUCUGCUAGGUUAUCUAUUUAAUUAUGACUAUACACUGGAAGAGAGCGGCAUUCAGAAAAGCGAAGAAACGAAUCAACAGGAAGUAGCCAAUAGCCUUGCCAAACUCAGUAUCCAUGCUUUAAGUCGCCUGGGAGGGUAUCUACCUGAAGACCAAGCAACCCCAGAAAAUCCAACCAUAAGGAAAAGUUUAGCUGGCAUGCUGACACCAUAUGUGGCCAGGAAACUUGCUGUGAUCAGUGCUACUGAGAUUUUGAAGAUGCUUAACAGCAACACAGAGAACCCCUACUUGAUUUGGAACAAUUCUACAAGAGCAGAACUACUUGAAUUUCUUGAAUCCCAACAAGAAAACAUGAUUAAGAAAGGUGAUUGUGACAAAACUUAUGGAUCAGAAUUUGUCUACAGUGAUCAUGCCAAAGAACUUAUUGUGGGGGAAAUUUUUGUUAGGGUGUAUAAUGAAGUCCCUACUUUCCAGCUAGAGGUUCCAAAAGCGUUUGCUGCAAGUCUGUUGGAUUUUAUUGGCUCCCAGGCCCAGUACCUCCACACUUUCAUGGCUAUCACACAUGCUGCAAAGGUGGAAUCUGAGCAACAUGGAGACCGCUUGCCAAGAGUGGAAAUGGCUUUGGAGGCUCUAAGAAAUGUCAUAAAAUAUAAUCCAGGUUCUGAAAGUGAAUGCAUUGGGCACUUUAAAUUAAUAUUUUCUCUUCUCCGAGUCCAUGGUGCUGGUCAAGUGCAGCAGUUGGCUUUAGAGGUUGUGAAUAUAGUGACGUCUAACCAAGAUUGCGUCAACAAUAUUGCUGAGUCAGUGGUUUUGUCCAAUUUACUGGCUCUUCUACAUUCAUUGCCAUCAAGUCGUCAGCUUGUUCUGGAAACUCUUUAUGCUUUAACAUCAAGUACAAAAAUAAUCAAAGAAGCAAUGACAAAAGGAGCUUUGAUUUAUUUGCUGGAUAUGUUCUGCAAUUCGACACAUCCACAAGUUCGAGCCCAAACAGCAGAACUUUUUGCUAAAAUGACAGCCGAUAAACUAAUAGGCCCAAAGGUUCGAAUCACAUUGAUGAAAUUCCUCCCGAGCGUGUUCAUGGACGCCAUGAGAGACAACCCCGAAGCCGCUGUCCACAUUUUUGAAGGGACUCACGAAAAUCCUGAGUUAAUCUGGAAUGACAGUUCCCGAGACAAAGUGUCCACAACGGUCAGAGAAAUGAUGCUUGAGCACUUUAAAAAUCAGCGAGACAACCCCGAUAUAAACUGGAAGUUGCCUGAAGAUUUUGCUGUGGUGUUUGGAGAAGCAGAAGGUGAACUUGCUGUUGGCGGCGUUUUCUUGAGAAUCUUCAUUGCACAGCCAGCUUGGGUUCUGAGGAAGCCUAGAGAGUUUCUUAUUGCACUGCUGGAAAGAUUGACUGAGCUCCUGGAGAAGAACAAUCCACAUGGAGAAACUCUGGAAACGCUAACGAUGGCAGCAGUGUGUCUCUUCAGCGCGCAGCCACAGCUGGCCGAUCAGGUCCCACCGUUGGGCCACCUGCCCAAGGUCAUCCAGGCGAUGAAUCACAGGAACAACGCCGUCCCCAAGAGCGCCGUUCGGCUCAUCCACGCCCUGUCUGAAAACGAGCUGUGUGUUCGAGCCAUGGCAUCUUUAGAGACCAUUGGCCCGCUGAUGAACGGAAUGAAAAAGCGACCAGAUACUGUUGGUCUCGCCUGUGAAGCCAUUAAUCGAAUGUUUCAGAAGGAGCAGAGUGAAUUAGUAGCACAAGCCCUGAAAGUGGACUUGGUCCCAUACCUCUUAAAAUUACUCGAAGGCAUUGGCCUUGAGAAUCUGGACAGCCCAGCAGCCACUAAGGCUCAGAUUGUUAAAGCUCUCAAGGCAAUGACUCGUAGCCUGCAGCACGGAGAACAGGUGAAUGAAAUCCUGUCUCGGUCUUCGGUCUGGAGUGCCUUCAAAGAUCAGAAACAUGAUCUGUUUAUUUCUGACUCUCAAACAGCAGGAUACCUCACAGGUAAACCGCAUCUAAUUGGUUACCCUAAAACAUGUAUCAGAAGCCAUUUGGACCUUCCUUCUGCCCUAAGCUGCAGGCAGCAUCGAGAUGGUUUCCCAGGCUGGGCGCUUCCUGGGCUGGAGGCGCUGGGGUGGGUAGAUGGUUUUAGCUGUGGCUGCGUGUGCUCCCUGAGACACAGACUUUGCUCAAUUCUGAUCACGUUCAUGAAUGACGGUGUGGAGCAAGGCAGUGUCAAAGUGUUUCUCUUGCACGUGCAGAGGCAGGAGAGGCAUGUCCCUGAGGAGCAGCGGUGUCAGGAAGCAGCAGCAUCAUUCCAUUCCUGACAACACAACAGAUUCAGUCCAAAUAUGUAUCCUCCUGGGGGGAGUCCUGUUUCCAGUGAUUAGUUCGUAUUUUACUGUGUAUAUAAAGCUUGUCCUCUCUUGGGAGGAAGAUAGGGCGCCACAAAAGGAUGUGACUACUUUGGGGUGCAGGGGUGAUACGGUCCUGAAGCUUGGGGCGCUUGGCCCACUCAUUGUGUGAUUUUAGAAUAUUCAUUUUCAUAACAGGCUUCUGUUUAAGAAGGUCAUCAUGCUGUUCUGUGUAUGUGGAAGAGAAAUGGUAACUUCUGGUUUAAAAGCGUUUGAUUUGAAAUGAGCCUUAAGAGUGUUGGUGGCUCUCGGUGUCUGUCUGCACCUGUAGCGGCCUCCUCUUAGCAGAGGCGACACGGGAAAAGUGAGAGAAAAAAAUUAUUACCCUAGUAUUCUCUGUCCAGCAUAAUUGUCUUCGUAAUCCCGAGUGGGAGUGGCAGCACCAAAGCUUAUCAUGAAGACCGAUCUGAAUAGCCAAAAACAGGAACAUUGGAGAAAGUUCUGCGUUUUAAUUUCUGCUUUUAAUUUUAGACAGGGUAGUGACAAUUGUUUCCUUCACUGUGACAGCUUUACUAUUCCCCUGCUAACAUCUGUGGGCAGAGCCCUAAGAGUUACCCACAGUACUUUGUCUUCUGGCUGGUCGUGUGCGCGCCUUGGAGCAGUGUCCAAGGGGUUCCCUUUCUAACACCCCUGUCCUGUGGUCUCUGUGGAGAGACAGACCCAGCCAUAUCUCGCCUUCAAAUCUGAGGUAAAUCUGUAGAUUCUCAGAAGUAUGUUCUCAAAGGCACACCAAAAACUUUGCCUCUAAACUCUUUUCCCUAAGUGUACAUGCGACCACAUUUUUGAGGCAUUACAUUUAUUACUUUGUAGAUGAAGAUGUUAUGAUUGGAAAAUCUGCUGUAUUUUUUUCUAGCUAAGAAUAGAUUUUUUGAAAUUAAGCUUCCUGCAGGAAGGCCGCCUCUUUGUUCUCCCCGGCAGCCAGCUGUCCUGACCCUGCAGAAAGAAGGCUGCAGGUGCCCCUUGGCUGGCCAGCUGUGGGCCACAAGGUCUGUGGAAGAGAGAGGGAUCUAUCUUUAGAGACCUCAGCUUCCUUUACAAGUCAUUUGGUUGGUCUCUCCCCCAUUCAGAU